GUACACAAAUAUUUUAAACAGCUGUUUUUGUUUAUUGAAGUUUAUAUUUUGCAUUUCUAUUAUAUUUCAAAUAAAACACAUUUUUUAAUAAGUAUUGUGAAUAAUGAAUAUUGACGAAUCACAUUUGGAAAUGGAGCCUGGGUUGGCGAAACAACUACUUGCUAGCGGUGCAGUGUUGGUAAUAACAGGAGCACCAGUUGGUACAGAAUUCGGCAUUGAUCUGUGUAACUACAAAAUUGGUGAAAAAUUUCGUGGUGUAAAAAUGAUACCACCUGGUCCACAUUACAUCUGGUGUGCAUCAUGUGGCCCUUACGGUGAUGUGGCGCCACGAGUUGGAUUUGUGCAUUUCUUCAAAAGCGAAGAAGUUGUAGUUCGUGAGUGGAACGAACGUGAUGAAGAAAUGCAAGAGAGUCAGAGUAAUGACCGCGAACUGGAAAAGAAACGAAUACGGGACAAUCUAAAGGAGUUCGAUAGUUUUCUGGCACCCUAUGACUAUAGAUAUUACAAUAAGUGGAAACUUCUAGUCGACAAAGUCACCGAGUCUACAGUAGAUCGAUGCAGACCAAUAUUGGGACCGAUACGCACAAAUGUGGAGCUGCAGUCAUGCCCAGAUGAGGAUAGGCCACGCGGUACACCACAUAUCAAUAGCCUGCAACAACAGUGUGGCAAAACAACUGUAAAUGAGAGUGACUUGCUACCGAAUUUGAAACCGGUUGAAGGCACUGCACCACGUUUCACCCAGCUACCAGAGCGGGUUCCGCAAAAUGCUACACCAGCUGAAAUUUCGCGAAAUAGUAUGGAUUGUGUGGAUGCAAUCACGAAGCUUGUUGGUAAAUUUCACAGCUCGGAAGCGUUGAUCGAGGAGGAACAACUGGCCUUUGUAUUCUAUUUAGUUGGCUGCUCAGUGGAAUCGUUGGCACAUUGGCUUAAAAUUUUAAAUUUGCUGUCACACUCGGAAAAGGCUAUACACGAUUUCAAAAUUCUGUAUAUGAAAUACUGUGAGGCAUUGAUGCAACAGUUGCCGCAUCUGCCAGAAGAACUGAUGGAAGCAGGUGAAUAUAACACAGUUUAUAAAGAUGUCAGAUCGUUGCUCGUAAACUUAAAUAUGGGUGGCUUGGAAGCGAGUGCAGAUAAACUUAUGAGAAAGUUGCAAAAAACUUUGAAGUGGGAGUUCGACGGAUUGCUAGAUGAAGAUCCUGAAGAUAUGCCAGUUGUGGUUGAGAUUGCAUAGACAUAAAAAAAUAUUUAUAGCUAACUUUUAAAAUGUUUGAAUUCUAUUGACACAAAUACAUACGUACAUAUAUAUAUAUAUAGCAU